UCAACUGUCAAACUUCAUAAAUGGCAGAAGGCAUCUAUCGAGUACAUGGAACCUAACAACACCCUGUUCAAGUCUCAACAAGAGACAGAAUCAAGCGACGACCUCAGUGCGAAGGAAACGUAUACUGACUAUACUGCUGUUCUUCGACUGCCAGGGACGUCCUCAUACGAGGUCAAGAUCACUACUCUCUCGGACGCUGGAACCGCUGGAAACCAUGUUGGGUCAACAUCUGCAAUCUUUGAUGCCUCGGACGCUUUUGUGAAUGGAACAAUGCUGGGCAUUUCAGAGAAAAUGGACCAAUUUAAGAACUAUCUUUUUCAAAGCUUUGAGGACGGCUGCGCUCUUAAUGGAAUGGUAAUCGGUGUUGUUGUUGGAACUCUUGCAACACUGAUUAUCAUAACCAUGGUAUAUGUCCUCAGCAGGUAUUAACAGCAAGCACCUUGAAGUGACAGGAAAUAAAACAAACCCCAACC